UCAUAAAAUCCAGAUUUUGGUUCGUUGAACCAGUCCAGCAUUUGUGCAUCCUUUUUUGGAAGCGGCGACAAGGCUCUCCUGCCUCAAGGUAAGCUUAGAAGUAGAGCCAGGAUGGUCCACGCGUGAUGUCACCUCAACCAAUGGCAUCGCUCUAUUUCGCCGAUCUCGAAUUAUCGACAAGCGGUUGACAGACUUCACUCAAACAACUCCAUUCUCGCAGUGAGAGGACAUUCAACGACAAUCUCCUCAUAAUGGACGACCAGCUCGAUGAAGCAGCCAUGGCGCAGAUGAUGGGCUUCUCCGCCUUCGGUGGCCCAGAUCGCCCGCAGAAGAAGCGACGGUACAACCCUGGCGCGGACGCCCAAGUCUACAUCUCUAAGCCGGAGUCUUCCACCGGGUCCAAUAUGACACCACUUGGAGCUCGGAAAGGGGAAGGAGGUUUUAAGGCUGCUUCUGGUCAUGCCUUGGGUACAAAGGCAAAUGACGAUGAGAUCAAACUCGAUGACGAAGCCGACGAGGAGCCACCUACGCCUACGCCAUUACACCAGCAGCAACCUAUUCCCUACGGUCUUCCACAGCGGCCAGCUUUUGCAACCAGCCAAGGCGAGCCAGGUGCUCACGGUGUGAUACCUCAACAUGGAUCGAGGAAUACGCAGGGAGCUUGGUACAGGGACUACUACGACCCGCGCUUCAACCAGAAUCCAUGGGACAAGCUGGAGAGGAACCUUGGCUUGCAGGCUCAAGGAACAUGGCUGCCACAGAGCAGCCAUCGUCCUGGAGAAGUCUCGACUUGAAGAGAUCUACACGCCUUAUUUGCUAUACGAGGACGCACCAUCCCGACAAGGGCUGACUUACCCGUUGGCGGGAGCUGUCACUGUUAGAGGUCGCGCAUCUUUAUGGCCCUUUACCAACAGAGUCUCGGGAAGCCAUAUGUCUUUUCCCAUCACGGGUCGCGGCACGCAUGCAACACCACUUUUGGAAGCAAUGUUAUGGCAUGAUGCCCAAAGUCCAGGCAGCGAAGCAAAAGGGGUAUCACGUGACCGCAACCCCAGCAGCACAGAUGCCACUCGAUCUCUCCACGCCGGCCUUAGCUGGAGCAGCCCCCUCACAUGACAGAAUCAUCUCUCAGCAGUCGAGACUUGGUGCGGAUCGCAUGAUCAUCGGACUUCAGCGGGCGUGGUGGACACAAUGGCCCCGUAUCUGUGUCAUCGCACUGUCACGAUGCCGUGGAGAGACAAGCGCACUGCAAGACAAGAUGGAGUACCUUCAGGAUGGCGUAUACGU